AUGCCCUCACCAGCUUUGUGUGCACGCUCGUUGCGUGCCUAUGCCCGCCAUGGCUCUAACCACACUGCCAUCUUGGCCCGCGCAUUCUCUGCGACGGCGCGGAGGCCGGAAAUCAACAAGGUCUACCCUUCAGCUACCGAGGCUCUCAAGGACAUGAAGCCCGACUCCACACUUCUCUGCGGUGGCUUCGGACUCUGCGGUGUCCCCGAUACCCUCAUUGACGAGGUACUGAAGAAGCCCGAGAUCACCGGCAUCACUGCAGUCUCCAACAACGCCGGCACCGACACCUCCGGCCUCGGCAAGCUGCUGAAGACGAAGCAGAUCAAGAAGAUGGUUGCCAGCUACAUUGGCGAGAACAAGACGUUCGAGAAGAUGUACCUGACCGGCGAGGUCGAGCUCGAGCUGACCCCCCAGGGUACCCUCGCUGAGCGCUGCGCCGCCGGCGGCAAGGGCAUUCCCGCCUUCUACACCCCGGCAGCCUUCGGCACCGUCGUACAGACGGGCGAGCUGCCCCUUCGCAACAAGCCCGACGGUUCGGCCGACCAGUUCUCCUACCCCAAGGACGUCAAGGUCUUCAACGGCAAGUCUUACCUUCUCGAGCACAGCAUCGCCGGCGACUACGCCUUCGUCAAAGCCUACAAGGCCGACAAGCUCGGAAACUGCCAGUUCCGCCUUGCCGCCAACAACUUCAACGGCGCCAUGGGCCGCAACGCCAAGAUGACCAUCGUCGAGGCCGAGCACAUUGUCGAGCCCGGUGAGAUCUCCCCCGAGGCCGUCCAUCUGCCCGGCAUCUAUGUGAAGCGCGUCAUUCAAAGCACGAGCGAGAAAAACAUUGAGAAGUACACCUUUGCCAAGGAUGAGAACGACGCAGACGCCAAGAAGGCCCUCGGCACCGGCGACACCGCCGCCAAGCGCGAGCGCAUCGUCCGCCGCGCCGCAAAGGAGUUCAAGAACGGCAUGUACGCCAACCUUGGCAUCGGCAUGCCCAUGCUGGCCCCCGGCUUCGUCGGCCCCGAGGUCGAGGUCCAGCUGCAGUCCGAGAACGGUAUCCUCGGCCUGGGCCCCUACCCCAAGAAGGGCGACGAGGACGCUGACCUCAUCAACGCCGGCAAGGAGACCGUCACGCUUAAGCCCGGCGCCUCAGUCUUUGGUAGCGAGGAGAGCUUCGGCAUGAUCCGCAGCGGCCGCAUCAACCUUACCAUCCUCGGCGCCAUGCAGGUUAGCGCCAACGGCGACCUCGCCAACUGGAUGUUGCCUGGUAAGGUCAAGGGCUUCGGUGGGGCCAUGGACCUCGUCAGCAACCCCAGCGCGACUAAGGUCGUCGUUACGAUGGAGCACACGGAUAAGAAGGGCAAUGCCAAGAUCGUCAAGCAGUGUGCCUUCCCCCUGACCGGCAGAGCCUGCGUCUCAAGGAUCAUUACUGAAUUGGGCGUCUUUGAUGUCGACUUCGCCCAUGGCCUGACCCUUAUCGAGAUCGCGGACGGCGUGACGGUGGAUGAGAUUAAGAGCAAGACCGAGGCGCCAUUCACUGUUGCCGAUGACCUGAAGCCCAUGUUGUAA